UAUUCAACAAAAAAAAGUUUUAAAGCUAAAAGCCACUUUUUAAAUCUUUAUCCCCAUAAAAAUCAUGUCUUUAAAUCAUGGUAAUCUUUGGAUGUCAUACUGACAGAGAUCAACCCUUGAACGACUCUCUUUUUUCACGCUGUUGGCAUCAAAUUUGGGGCUGUCACUCAAAAGUAGUCCGUGGAUUUUGUUUAAUCCAUCCACUCGUUGUGCGCAGAAAAUUUUCUAUUUUCUCUUAUCAUCCAUGUAAGUGUUGAGUCUCUGGCUGAAAAGCCUAAUAUUUCGUAGUUCUGAUGUGAGCUGAGUGAAUUUAUUUAUUCGUUUUUUAGAUGUUUUGUGGCUAAACUAUGCAGUUUGAUCGGAGAGUAAAGUCAUCUAUGGAAGUAGAUUUCUUGACAGAAUAUGGUGAAGGUAGCAGGUAUAGAAUUGAUGAAGUGAUUGGUAAAGGUAGCUAUGGAGUUGUCUGCUCUGCAUUUGACAUGCAUCUUGGUGAAAAGGUUGCAAUUAAAAAGAUAAAUGAUAUCUUUGAACAUGUCUCUGAUGCUACACGUAUACUUCGUGAGAUUAAACUUCUUGGGCUUCUUCGUCAUCCAGAUAUCGUAGAAAUCAAGCAUAUUUUGUUGCCUCCUUCCAGAAAGGAAUUCAAGGACAUAUAUGUAGUUUUUGAACUAAUGGAAUCAGAUCUUCACCAGGUCAUUAAAGCAAAUGAUGAUUUGACUCCAGAACAUUAUCAGUUCUUUCUUUAUCAACUUCUUCGAGGCUUGAAGUAUAUACACACAGCAAAUGUUUUUCAUCGAGAUCUUAAGCCCAAAAAUAUCUUAGCAAAUGCUGACUGCAAGCUAAAGAUAUGUGAUUUUGGCCUCGCAAGAGUGGCCUUUCAUGACACUCCUUCCACAAUCUUUUGGACAGAUUAUGUUGCAACAAGAUGGUAUAGAGCUCCUGAAUUGUGUGGAUCUUUUUUCUCUAAGUAUACACCUGCAAUUGACAUAUGGAGCAUUGGUUGCAUAUUUGCGGAAAUUUUGACUGGGAAGCCUCUUUUUCCCGGCAAAAAUGUAGUCCACCAAUUAGACCUCAUGACUAAUCUGUUGGGGACACCGCCUCAUGAAAUAAUUGCAAGGAUAAAAAAUGAAAAAGCCCGGAGAUACUUGAGUAGCAUGCGAAAGAAGAAGAAUAUUCCUUUCUCCCAAAAAUUUCCACAUGCUGACCCGCUUGCUCUUUGCUUAUUGGAAAGGAUGCUGGCUUUUGAUCCUAAGGAUCGGCCCUCUGCAGAAGAGGCUCUGGCAGAUCCGUAUUUUAGGAACUUGGCAAAAGUUGAGAGGGAACCUUCUGCUGAUCCAUUUACAAAACUGGAAUUUGAAUUUGAAAGACGAAGGAUAACAAAGGUGGAUGUAAGAGAGUUAAUAUAUCGAGAGAUCCUUGAAUAUCAUCCAAAGAUGUUGAAAGAACAUUUAGAUGGAGCUGAACGUACAGGCUUCAUGUAUCCUAGUGCUGUUGAUAAAUUUAAGAAGCAAUUUGCAUAUCUUGAAGAACAUUAUGGAAAUGGAGCUGUUGCUCCACCUGAAAGGCAACACUCAUCAUCAUUACCCAGGCCUUGUGUAAUAUAUUCAGAUCACUCGACCAAGAAAUUGGCUGAUGUCACUAGUGAUUGUUCUAAGUGCACCAUUAAAGAAGUUGAGAAUCCACGAGUGGACCAGGCUUCUAUACUUCAGAGGAAAAUAUUUCCUCUACAAGUUCUUCCAAUCAUCCAAGAUAAGGUGCAGUUUUGUGAUAUCUCCAAGAUAAUAAGUACAUGGCACAGAUAAUAAAUGAGGUGAACUAAAGCAGGAGGUGCUGCUGCAAGGCAUGGGAAGGUCAUUAGUUCUGUGUUACACUACAACAAUUCUGCAGUGGAGGGCAAUGAACAGCAUAACAUGGUUAUAAAUCACGCAGUGCCUACUCAGUACAUCGUUCCCAGAUCUUCUUACUACGGAAAUUACCCGGAUUUUAAGAAUGAAAGUGGAAAUGAUGUUAAGGAUCGAUCCUCCAGGCCGUAAAUGGCAAUAAAAGCUGCUACUAAACAGUGACAGUCGAUUAGCAUAUUGGCAGGUUUCAACGUUGUAGACUUGCUUAUGGACAAGAAUGAUUGAAAGUAAAAGGUUCGACUUAAAUUACUUGGGAUGAUCUAGCAAUGGUAUAACAAAACUUGGCACAGAUUCUCACCCAUGAUUGAUGUUGGGCUGUGAUACCAAUCGAAAUUUAAGGUUUGGGAAAGGAUUUGUAGCUGAGGAAGGGUGACACAACUAUUGCUUAAAUUUACUGGUUUCUCAUUUUCAUUCUUUACUGUCAUAACCGAGGAAUCGGUUUUGUAUCAUUACAUUUUCUGUAGCAUUCUGCAAUUUAACUAGGGAUUAGGAUCUUGUAACAAUAAACUUUUCAACAUCUACAUAAUAUGUUUUGUUGUAAUAACCAUAUUUGCUGGUUUUCAUUUA